CCUCAAUUUCUCUCUCAAAAAUCCCAGUUUUCUUCACUUCAAUCAGCAAAAAAUGGGAGAUUUUUACUCUCACAACAAUGAAGAAGUUGAACUUCCACAUUCAGUACAACAAAUGAUUAACCAAAUCUGCAAAAAAGAGAGACAAAAUUCACCAGAUGAUAAAGUACGAAGACUCCUUGUAGCAAUCGGAGAAGAACGUUCGCUUUGUAUUUUGAGGGAAAUCUCAAAAUGUCAGAUUAAAAAAACCCUAAGUGGAUUCAUUGUUUUCAUGGCGAAAAAAUACUAUCAAUCGGAAACUCAACAGUUUUAUCAGAAGCAAAAUUAUGAAGAACCAGUUCCUUCUGCUGAAAGUUUUUAUCAUUCGCCUCAGAUUCGAAGAAGUUCGCUGUCUUCUCCGAAUUCCUCUUGUUCUUCUGUCAAUUUUUCACCCAGAAAUCGGCCGAUUUUUCAGGAUAAUGACCUAGUAGGUGAUGCAUCUGAUUCUCCUACAUCAGCUCCACGAAUACCAUCACCUCCAAUGAGUCCAGUGACAACUAGCUUUCAAAGAGAUCAUUACGAUCCUAGGCCAUCUACAUUCAGAGACGGGGCUAGCACACGAGGAAUAAGUGAACAGUUACUGGCACUCAGUAAGCUUGAAUUCAGGAAAUUCUUUUUGAUUCUAAACUACAUUGGGAGGAGGAAGGUGGAGGAUGUAAUUAUGCUCCAUGAUGUUGGUGACAUUUUGGAUAUGAUAUAUCAACCUAUGUCUCAUUUUGAGUCAUAUAUUUGGAAUAAAUAUGGUCAUCUUUGUGAACAUAAUAAACGGGUGCAGUAUCUUGAUUGGGAUUCAGGAAGGACUCAUCUUUAUCAUUGCCAUGUCCAUUCGGAUGGAAGCUAUACUUUUAAGGGUCCUUACCUGAAAGCAGAAAGAACCCAUCUGCAACAGUCAUUAGGAGAUGAGAAUGUAUUGAUCGUCAAGUUUGAGCAAAAUACCCCAGGGUGUCCAGAAGAGAUUGUUCAGAAUGGAAUUCUUGUUGGUUUGAGGCGCUAUCGCUUUUUUGUUUAUAAGGAUGACGGGAAGAAGAGAAGUUCAAAGGACAAAGAGGAAAAGAUCGAUUCUGUCAAAUGCUACUUUGUUCGAAUGGAAUCUCUUAAUCCUUAUGAAAAAGAAACUUACAUUUUGCGUGACAAGAUGGUCCAUGAAGCAAGGUGCAAUUUCAUGCAUGUACACAUGGUCUCUAGCAUGGCUAAAUACAUGGCCAGGUUCUCCCUAAUUUUAUCCACGACAGUAAAGCUUCAAGUUGAUCUGAAUUCAGUGAAUAUUGACAGAAUUGAAGAUAUAUGUUGUCAUGAUAAGAGUGGACGAAUUAUCUAUGAUGAAGAUGGGAAACCACUUAUACACACAGAUGGGACUGGAUAUAUUUCAGAAGACUUGGCAAGAAAGUGUCCGCAAGAUUUUUUCAAUGUGAAGCAUAAGUGUGCCAACUUAGAGAGAUAUACCAAUGGUGUCAAACUUGGGGAGAAUUCAUCUGAGUUGGGAGAGGCGGAAUUUCAGAGUGGGGAACCGCCUCUGUUGAUGCAGUGCCGUCUAUUCUACAAUGGUCUUGCUGUAAAGGGAACCCUUCUAGUCAAUAGAAAGCUGCCACGACGCACAAUUCAGAUUAGGCCCUCAAUGAUCAAGGUCGAGGCAGAUCCAAGAUUGUCAAGAGCUCAAAUGUUUAACUCGUUGGAAAUAAAUACACUCAGUCUUAAACCUAGGAAUACUUAUCUAUCAAGAACUCUUAUUGCUCUGCUGACCUAUGGAGGUGUUCCCGUGGAGUAUUUCUAUGAUAUACUCAAUAAUACUUUGGAGGAGACACAAAGGUUAUACUCAGAUGAGGUGACAGCACUAAAAGUUGCGGUAAACCAUAGAGAUCGUGAUGAUGCCUCUACUGCCACAAGUAUGAUAAUGGCUGGAGUACCUCUCACUGAACCAUAUCUUUGGUGUUGUUUAUCUUCCCUGGCAAAGGAAGAAAGAAAUGGGCUCAAAGGAGGAAGACUUCCUAUUGCUGAUACUUUCUAUCUAAUGGGGACAGCUGAUCCCACUGAUACUUUAAAUCCCCAUGAAGUUUGUGUUAUUCUUGAACAUGGGCAAAUAUUUGGAGAGGUACUAGUAUACAGGAAUCCUGGACUUCAUUUUGGUGAUAUCCAUAGACUACUUGCUGUCCCUGUGAAGAACCUCGGAGACAUAGUUGGAAAUGCUAAAUAUGGAAUAUUUUUCUCCACAAAAGGUCCAAGAUCAGCGGCCACUGAAAUUGCUAAUGGUGAUUUUGAUGGAGAUAAAUAUUGGGUCUCUCAAAACCCCCAGCUGUUAAAAUAUUUCACUGCAAGUAGACCGUGGAGCCGAAUCCAUUCAACACCAAAGACAUUGCAUAGGGAGCCCAACAACUUCUCUGCGGAGGAAAGGGAGCAUGAACUCUUUCAGACAUUUCUAGAAACUAGGAUGCCAAACUAUAGCAUGGCUGAUGCUUCUGCUAACUGGUAUGCACUCAUGGAUAGACUUCUUAUAUUGGGGAAAAAUAACACCACAGAGAAUGAAGAGACAAAGUCCGUGAAAGAAAAAUUGUUCGAGUUGAUUGAUUUGUAUUAUGACGCUAUAGACGCCCCAAAAAGUGGGAAUAAGGUCUACAUCCCAAAGAGGUUGAAAGUAGACAAGUUUCCGCAUUUCUUGCAAAAGAAAGAAAGUUAUCACUCUACCUCUGUCUUAGGAGAAAUUUAUGACCGGGUUGAGAAAUUUAAAGCUGAAGAACCAGCUGCUGUAGAAAUUAAGAAACUUUCGGCUUUUGAGGUUGGAAUCCCUGAGACAUGUUUGAGGUUAUGGGAGGAAAGGUACAGAAAUUACAGAUUUGAGAUGAAGGAAGCACUGAACACCAGCAAUGAAUCGAAAAAUGACUUAGCUGACCAGGUUAUUAAAAAGUACAAACAGCUGUUAUAUGAAGCACCGGAUAUGGAGGAGAGCACAAGGAGUACAACGGACAUAUAUAACGAUGCACUUGCUAUUUAUCGCGUGACUUAUGAUUACGCGAAAGCUAUAGGCGACAUCAGAAAGUGUGGUUUUGCAUGGAAAGUUGCAGGUGCAGCCCUUUGCAGGCUUCAUGCUGAGCUUCAUGCAAAGGAACAUAACCAAAAAGUAGUGGCUAUGUCACCUUCUAUAUUGCAUAAAUUAUUGAACUUGAGGAUCAAUCAAAAAGUGUCUUAACAUGUAAAAUAAAUGUGUUGACAAUUUAGUGUAUAUAUGCUUUUCUUGUGUUAGUAUUCUUCUCUCCCACUUUAA